AAGUUUCAGAGAACAGGGAGUGGCUGAGUUGUCUGCCUGCUGUGUUUUCACUCAGAGACUAAAUGGCGUCAAGAUUAGAGGAAGAACUCUGCUGUCCGGCCUGUCAGGACGUCUUUAAAGAUCCUGUCACUCUGUCGUGUUACCACAGCUUCUGUAAAGACUGUCUGCAGAGCUGGUGGAAGGACAAAGAAACCAAAGAGUGUCCGGUUUGUAGGAAAAGAUCUUCAAAGGAAUUUAUUCCUAACUUUGCCUUAAAGAACGCAUGUGAGGCUUUGUUACAGGAGAGAGAUCAGAGAGCUUCAGAGCCUCUCUGCAGUCUGCACUCUGAGAAACUCAAACUCUUCUGUCUGGACCAUCAGCAGCCAGUGUGUCACAUCUGCAGAGACUCAGAAGAACACUCCAACCACAGAUUCAGACCCAUCGAUGAAGCUGCACAACAACACAAGAAGCAACUUCAGGAAACUCUGGAGCCUUUAAAGGAGAAGUUAAAGGGCUUUAAACAAGUUAAAGUGAAGUUUGAUCAAACAGCAGAACACAUUCAGGUCCAGGCCCGACACACAGAGACGCAGAUUAAGGAGCAGUUUAAGAAGCUUCACCAGUUUCUAGAAGAGGAAGAGGAGGCCAGGAUGGCUGCACUGAGGGAGGAAGAGGAGCAGAAGAGUCAGAUGAUGAAGGAGAAGAUGGAGGCUCUGAGAAGAGAGAUAGCAGAUCUUUCAGACACAAUCAGAGCCACAGAGGACGAGCUGAGAGCUGAACACGUCUCAUUCCUGCACAACUACAAGGCUGCAGUGGAAAGAGUCCAGCAGCGCCCCCUGCUGGAGGAUCCACAGCUGCCCUCAGGAGCUCUGAUAGACCAGGCCAAACACCUGGGCAACCUGGCCUUCAACAUCUGGAACAAGAUGAAGGACAUGGUCUCCUUGAGUCCUGUCAUUCUGGACCCAAACACUGCUCAUCCAAACCUCAUUGUGUCUGAAGAUCUGACCAGAGUGAGAGGAGAGCGACAGCAGGUUCCUGAUAAUCCAGAGAGGUUUGUUAGUUACUACUCUGUUCUGGGCUCUGAGGGCUUUAACUCAGGGACUCACAGCUGGGACGUCCAGGUUGGAGACAUUGACAGCUGGGUACUAGGUGUGUUAGCAGAGUCUGUCCAGAGGAAGGGAAACAUACUGACUGGAUCAUGGAGAAUAUUAUUGUAUGGUGGUAAAUACACAGCACUGUCUCCAACACAUCCAGACACUUUUCUCCCAUUGGAGAAGAAGCUCCAGAGGAUCAGAGUGAAUCUGGACUGGAACAGAGGAAAGCUGUCAUUCUCUGAUGCUGACACUAACACACACAUACACACCUUCACACACACUUUCACUGAGAGGAUGUUUCCAUAUAUUAACAAUGGGUCUAUUCCUCCACUGAGGGUUUUACCCCAGAAGGUCUCUGUGGCUGCAGGACAACAGCAAUAGAUGAUGAUAAAUGUGUAUUUCAGGAAUUAUCUCCUGACUCUUUGAGUGACUUGUGACUGUGUUGUCCAGAUGAUGCUGAUGGUUGUCAUGGUGAUGUGGAUAUCUGCAGUAAUAGUAUCAGAAGUAUAACAACAAACAAUCACAAAACAUCUGUGAGACAGAGUCAGGGACACAGGGCUGG